UGCUUCCCCCUCCCCACCCCUCACGCGCACGCGCAUCUUCGCCGCCGCGUCUCGGAGGCGUCGCCUUUCGCAGCUGUCAGUGGAAAUGGGACACUGAGACUGAUCUAAAGUGACUUGUCCUGGGAUAUUGAGACUUGCCAGAGCAGAGAUUAAAGAGCAAUUAUGGAAAACAAAGAAGGUGAUGUUGAGAAUGCCAAGAUAAGAGGUUCAAGUGCGGCAGAAGAUGGCUGUGCUAUCCAGCUGCCGGGUCACGAAGAACUUAUGUUUCAUGAAGAAACAAUUGAUCUUGGUGGAGAUGAGUUUGAGUCUGAAGAAAAUGAGACCAUCUCAGAAGAUUCUAGUAACUUCAUAGAUAAACUUAAUGAGCAGAUGAUGGAGAGUGUUGUUAUAUCAGAUUCUCCAAAUAAUAGUGAAGAUGAUGCUGGCGAUCUUGGUUGUCUUCAAGAAAUUGUAAAACAAAUGGACAUGAAAGACCUUCGUCCACCAGAAGAAGAGCUGGAGGAAAAGGCAAUUAGCAAAGAGAGUAAAACUGAACUUGAAGGCACUCCUAAAGUUAUUUCUGAUAGUGGAAUUGGCGAUCAACCUCCUUUGAAAGAAGAGUUGGUUCAGGAAUCAGCAGAAAAUGAAUUGAAAGUGGAAAGUGAUGAGCUGCUUAACUCUGCAUCAAACAGUAUUGAUGAAUGCAAAUCUGAGGAGCAGAUAUCUUCCUCACUUGCCGACAAAUCACCCGUCAACCCUGAGCCUAUCCCUGUGUGUACAAUUUUCAGCCAAGGAAGUCACAUGAAUGGUCAGCAGCAGUUCCUGCAUGAUGGCUUUGAGCCUCAGAUGGUGAAGUCGCCUAGCUUAGGUGGUAUAAGCGACUCCCAUAAAACUCUUCCACAGGUGGUUCAACCUAGUCCCAGCCUAAAAGUUUUUGGUGAAGCCAUUAAUACUAAUACUCUAGCUUCUGAUUUUUUCGAUUCAUUUACCACAUCCUCUUUUAUUUCUGUCAGUAACCCUAAUGCGAGCUCUUCUGUACCAGAACAAAUGUCUUCUCUUGUAACAGCUGGGGAGUUCCAUGACUCUGCCAGCCACAAAUACUCUGUUAAAAAUGGACGGUCUGAAGCUGGGAGGUCUGCAUCUUCUCCAGAAAUUUCACAGUCUCCAAAGCCAUUUUCCCAGAUCCAAGCUGUUUUUCAAGGUGGUGACGAUCCUUUUGCAUCUGUGCUGAAUAUGAGUGAGGUAGACAGGAGAAACGAUGCUUGGCUUCCUAGUGAUGCAACUAGGAAUGUUUUGAUCUCAGUAGCAACUCAGCAGUACAGUAAUGUUUUCAUAGACAAGGAAAAUCUCACAAUGCCUGGAUUAAAGUUUGACAACAUUCAGGGUGAUGCAGUAAAAGACUUAAUGCUUCGCUUCCUUGGUGAGCAGUCUGCAGCAAAAAGACAAGUUUUAAAUGCCACCUCUGUGGAACAGUCUUUUGUGGGUUUAAAACAACUGAUAAGCAGCAAAAACUGGAGAGCAGCCGUUGACCUAUGCGGACGGCUUCUGACUGCCCACGGUCAAGGCUAUGGCAAAAAUGGCCUGCCCACAAGUCAUACAACAGACUCUCUGCAGCUUUGGUUUGUAAGACUUGCACUCCUGGUGAAACUGGGUCUCUUCCAAAACGCUGAAAUGGAAUUUGAACCAUUUGGAAAUCUAGACCAGCCUGAUCUAUAUUACGAGUAUUACCCCCAUGUAUACCCAGGACGCAAAGGUUCCAUGGUUCCUUUUUCCAUGAGGAUUUUGCAUGCUGAACUUCAGCAGUACCUCGGAAAUCCUCAAGAGUCACUUGAUAGACUGCACAGUAUGAAAACAAUCUGCACAAAGAUAUUGGAUAACUUGGAAUGUGGCUUUGCAGAAGAUGGAAGCAUGACUAACAUUACCCAAGAGAACAGGCAAGCCUCCGUUCAGCUGUGGAGGUCACGUCUGGGCCGGGUGAUGUACUCUACGGCAAACUGCCUGCUAAUGAUGAAGGACUAUGUGCUUGCUGUGGAGACAUAUCACACAGUCAUCAAAUAUUACCCGGAGCAAGAGCCUCAGCUGUUGAGUGGAAUUGGGAGGAUAUUCCUGCAGAUUGGAGACAUAAAAAUGGCUGAAAAGUAUUUUCAAGACGUCGAGAAAGUGACUCAGAAAUUGGAUGGGCUGAAGAACCAAAUUAUGGUUUUAAUGAACAGAGCAUUCCUCCAUCUUGGUCAGAAUAACUUUGCAGAAGCUCACAAAUUCUUCACAGAGAUUUUGAAGCUUGACCCAUCCAAUGCUGUGGCUAACAACAAUGCCGCAGUUUGUCUGCUUUAUCUGGGGAAACUGAAGGAGUCCCUCCGGCAGCUGGAAGGAAUGGUUCAGCAGGACCCUAAGCACUACCUCCACGAGAGCGUCCUGUUCAAUUUGACAACCAUGUACGAACUCGAGUCCUCUCGCAGCAUGCAGAAGAAGCAGGCUCUGCUUGAAGCUGUCGCUCUCAAGGAGGGCGACAGCUUCAACACUCAGUGUCUCAAGUUAGGAUAAGCCUACCCUUUUUCUUUUUCUUUUUUUGGAAAGGAUCGUUUCAGAAGUUGUACAUACUCCUGCUAAUCUGUAAAUGUUCUUCGAGCUAGAGCAAUAAAAAGCUUUUUAAUUAUGA